AUGUCGAGUAAAAUAUUCUUCAAUUGUACACAACCAUGGUUUGGAACUCGAUGCCAGUAUUUUUUGGAAUUAAACGAUUCAAUUAUUUUGACAGAUAUUGAUUUAAUGAGUUCUUCGAUCAUUACUCAGACAUGCUAUAUACUUCUAGAUUGUGUUCGUGGUGGUCCAUUGAUGUGUCUCGAUUGGCGUGAGGUGUGCGAUGGUCGAAUUGAUUGUCGCAAUGGUGCUAUUGACGAAAUGGAAUGUUUCAAUUUAGAAAUAAACGAAUGUGAUCCGGAUGAGUAUCGAUGUCACAAUGGUUUGUGUAUUUCGAAAAUCUUCUGGAAAAAUGAAGAAGAUACUGCUGAAUGUCUUGACCAGUCGGAUUUGUGGUACGAAUUUGAAUGUCCAACGUCAUUGUUUACAUUUAAUGCAUUUAGCAUGUUUGAAUGUGAAGAAUAUUCAUGUAAACCGGGUGAACGACAAUUUUCAUAUGGAGAUGGGCAAUGUGUUGAAGAUUUUGAUGAAUGUCAAAAUGGUCGUCAUCUGUUACUUGUUCAGUCGAUGAUUAAACUAGGAAAUUUAUCGGAUUAUUGCUGGAUAGUAAUGGCUUGUCUGAGUAAAAUUACCGAUCAGAUCGAUGGGAAAUUAUGCGAACAAAUUUUUAAGACGCCUCUUAUUCUUAAUCAGCUACAAUCAUGUGAUGAUCUUACUCAAUUUCCAACAAUUCCUGUUCUUUUUGGUCACGUACAUUUUUUGUAUGCUCCAAAAAAUAUAUCCUAUGUAAAUAUCGAUUUAGCUCUUGUACCUGAUUAUGUUUGCUAUGAUGAACAAAUGUGCGAUUUUCUCAUUCCUACAUUUCAGCAUGGAAUUCAUGCUUGUCGACAUAGUCAUGAGAUGGGUUUGAAAUCAAAUGUGACAUACGAAAGUUGGAAAUCGAUCAUUGAUGCAAUCAAACCAUUUUUUCGUGGUUGUCAAAAUAGAUAUCACAUUGGAAAUUCUUCUGAAAAUUCAUCAUUAUAUAGAUGUAAGAACUCAUCGAAACUCAUUUCUGCUCAUCGAAUCAUCGACAAUAUCUCUGAUUGCUAUUUGAACGAUGAUGAAACAGCAUUUGAACUCAGUUGUUCGAUGAAGGAUACACAACGUUUUAUGUGUCCAAAUGAAAUUCAAUGUCGAUCGCCAUUAUUUCGAGAAUUCAAUUGCCCUACUUCGAUUUAUCGUAGUUUCGAUGAGAUUUUGUUUCAUGAAAUAUGUGAUCGAAUCGUUGAUAUAUUACCUGUAACAAUUAAUGGGCAAAAUCAUACAGAUGAGACUGAUUGUCAAGACUGCCACUGCAAUACUAUUUAUACACGAUGUAAUGGCAUCCGAAAUUGCCUUAACGGAGAAGAUGAAGAGAAUUGUACGGGAUCGAUUUGCCUUUCAAGAUUUAUUCCAUGUGUUUCUCCAUAUAAUUUCACAUUGACCUGUUUACCAGUUAAUCAAGUUAGUGAUGGUUUCAUUGAUUGUCUUGGAGCAUCAGAUGAGCUUCAAUAUUGUGGAAAAGUGAAUGCUUAUACAGCAAUUUAUCAGUUUCAUUGUUUAAAUAGUACAAAAUGUGUGAAAUCUUCUGAAUUAUGUAAUUCAGUUCAAGAUUGUCCUUUAGGUGACGACGAAGAAUUUUGUAAAAAUCGAUCACAAUUAUGUACCCGAUACAAAUUACCGAAUCGUAGCCAUGUGCAAGACGUACUGUGUCGUAUUUUUGACACAAAAAGAAUCACAUUUACACUGCAAGGAUCGCAAACCUAUCCUCAUAAUCAUAUGAAAAUGAUUUCUUCUCACCCAACUUGGCCAGUAAAACGAUAUGACCAUAAUGCAAAUCGGAACAACAUGAUAUCCAAAUAUUUCACAUGGCUGGUACGUUGUAAGAGAGGUAUUCCCGUUUAUCUUUGGUCGAAGUUGAAGAAUUACAGUUACAGAUGUUUUUGUCCACACAAUUAUUAUGGUGAUCGUUGUCAAUAUCAAAAUCAACGUGUCAGUUUUACAUUAACAUUAGCAACAAGUGGUAUAAACGGUAUUUAUUCCGUUGUUAUCACCCUUGUUGAUGACGAUGAUAAUCAGCAAGAAAUUAAUUCAUAUGAUCAAGUUACUUAUGUGCCUGGAAUGAAUUGUAGAAAACCAAUUAACAGCUAUCUCAUAUAUUCGACUCGACCAAAGAACAAUUCGAAAAAAUAUAGUAUUCGUGUUGAUGUAUUCGAUAAGGCUUCAUUGGCAUAUCUCGCUAGUUGGCAUUUGAAUAUUCCAUUUCUUUUUCUACCUGUCAAUCGACUAGCUGCCAUGAUCACUAUCCCAUCUUAUAGACCUUUGAGUUUGAAUAAUUGUGUCUUUUCAUGUUACAAUGGUGUUUGCACGAAAUAUAUUAACAAAGAAAAAUUCUUUUGCAAAUGUUAUUCAGGUUGGUCCGGAAUUCAAUGUCAUCUACCUGCGUAUUGUAGUGAUUGUUCGUCUGACUCGAUUUGUGUUGGUUCAAUAGCAAAUCGAUCGAUUUGUGUUUGCCCUUUGAAUAAAUUUGGGCCACGGUGUUUUCUCAAAUAUUUAUGUCCGAACAACUAUUGCAAAAAUAAUGGUCAAUGUGUUGUUCUUGAUCAACGAAUGACUGAAGAAAGCUUCUUUUGCUUUUGUUCUGAACAGUUUUAUGGACCACAAUGUGAACAUCCUAAGGGAGAGCUACGUAUUUUCUUUCACAAUAUGGUUGUUCCAUCGUAUCUAUUUGUUAUUAUGUUUUUAAGAACUGGUUCUGAAUCACCGAUACCAUUAUCGACAAUAUUGCUAAAAUUAACUAUGUUUCAAGAUCAAAUAAUAUUAUACCCAGAUUAUUGGUUUCAAAUUGUUUUUGUAAAAAUUGAUAAUAAUUAUUAUUUAGCUGUUCUUCAAGAAUUUCAAGUGUCAAAUAUUUCAACUUCGAUCGGUCCCGAUCGACGAUGUCUGUCAAUAGAUGAGCUUCUCAAUUCUUCACAAUUGACUAUGCCUAAAAUUCAACGAGCAAAAUUCUAUCAUAUUCCAUGUCAGAUUUAUCUUGGUCUUCAAUGUUUUUUCGACGAAUCUUACAUGUGUUUCUGUACUCGAGAACGUCAUGCAAAUUGUUUCAAAUUUUCUUAUGCAAAACAUUUUCUCUGUCACUAUAAUAUUCACUGUUACAAUGGAGGAACAUGUUUACAAGAUAGAUCUGUAUGUAGUUUUAAUACAAUAUGUAUUUGUAUGGAUUGUUUCUUUGGUGAUCGAUGCCAAUUUUAUGCUAAAGGUAUUGGAUUAACACUUGAUGACAUGUUACGUUAUGCAAUUCGACCGUAUAUAAAUUUUAAUGAUCAACCAUAUUUAGUUAAAGUAAACGCUAUUCUUAUAACGAUUAUGCUUAUCAUGGGUUUAUUCAAUAGUAUUUUAUGCUUUUUGACAUUUUAUAGUCAAGAAUCACGGGAAGUCGGGUGCGGAAUAUAUAUAUUUGCAUCAUCAAUUACUUCUGCUCUUGAAAUACCUAUGUUAACAAUAAAAUUUUGGUUUGUUAUCAUAAGUCAAAUGAAUUUAUCAGUCAAUCGUUCUACUCUUCAUAUGGGAUGCAUUCUUCUUGAACCGGUUCUCAACCUUUUUUUAUAUAUGAAUAAUUGGUUAAAUGCUUGUGUGGCCACAGAAAGAGCAGUAACUGUAUUCAAAGGCAUUCAUUUCGAUAAGAUUAUGAGUAAAUCUGUAGCUCGAUGGAUAAUUCUACUCAUAGCAUGUCUUAUUACAGGUACAAUCAUUUACGAAUCAUUAGAUCGAGGUUUGUUCGAAGAUCGCGAAGAACAACGUGUUUGGUGUGUAACUCAUUAUUCUGAAGCUGUCAAACAUUUCAAUAUAGCUGUUCUAAUCAUUCAUUUUCUUACACCAUUAGGUGUCAAUCUCUUAUCAGUGAUCUUCAUUGUUUCUGCAAUUACUCAUCAACGAGCAAUGAUUCGCACUCAACAUAACUAUACACGACAUCUUCGUGAACAACUCUAUCGACAUAAACAUUUAAUUAUCAGUCAGCUUGUUGUAGUCAUCCUAUCACUUCCUCGUUUCAUAACAUCAUUAUUCACUGGAUGUGUCAAAGACUCGCAUAAUUCAUGGUUAUACAUAUCUGGUUAUUUAAUUUCGUUUGUACCAUCAGCUAUUAUGUUUAUUGUAGGGGUGAGAAGUUAUUGUUAUUUUUUGUUAUUAAUAACAAUAACAAUAACAAAAAAGUUAUUGUUAUCAAUAACAAAUAACAAAAAAAGUUAUUGUUAUUAA